AUGGUGGCCUACAGCUUCUUGACUCUGAUCUCCCUAGUGCUGGGAUCGCAGUGUGCGAGUGCCCUUCAGUAUGGCUACAACCAGGUGCCUACACACACCGAGUCCAAGAUAGUCGCAGGGAAGUUUCCCCCGAUAAAGGGGACUCGUCUGCUGUCUCCUGCCUUUACUUCUCCUGGAACUAUUCCAAGGGGCUUCUCUGACGGAUCGUCUGGGCCUACCAGAGAUGAGACCAUGGAUGGCUUCCUGCGCCGCCUGGCAGGAUCGAACAGCUGGAUGACCUAUCACCAGGCAGACUUUAUGUCUGAAGAGGGCCGCAAGUUCCCCUACAUGUAUCUAUCAGGGAGCAACUCUUCCGUCGAGAGCCCUAGCCCCCGCAAGUUGCGAGUCUGGCUCCAGGGAGGUGUGCACGGUAACGAGCCUGCAGGCGACCAGGCCAUGCUUGCGCUGCUUGGGGAUCUGGCCGCGAACCAGAAAUGGGCUGCCAAACUCCUGGAGAAGAUGGAUAUUCUAGUCCUUCCUCGCUACAACCCGGACGGUGUCUUCUAUUUCCAGCGCUACCUGGCCACCAACUUUGAUCCCAACCGUGACCAUGUCAAGCUUGCCAGGCAACAAACCAGAGACAUCAAGAAACUCUUCGCCAAGUUCAGCCCGCACAUCGCGACGGACAUGCACGAGUUCACUGCAGGCCGGACAUUCGGUCCAAAGAAGGACGUCAUCUACGCUGCUGAUGCCUUGUUCAGCGCAGCAAAGAACUUAAAUAUUGAUGAAGGCAUCCGUCAACUGUCGGAGAAGCUAUUCGCCAAACAUAUGGGUAAGGACAUCGAGGCUGCGGGUCUUCGUUGGGGCCCAUACAUCACCGAAGGUUCAUCGUCCAACUCGAGACUCCUUCUUGAAGAAGCCGGCACUGAUGCUAAGAUUGGAAGAAACGCCAUGGGUCUGACCCAGUGUGUUGUCUUCCUCUGUGAAACCAGAGGUAUUGGUAUUGCCGAUCAAAGUUUUGAACGCCGAACCCUUAGUGGAUUGGUCAUGGUUAAGAGCAUCCUUCAAACUGCUGUUGACAACUUCGAUGAAGUUUACAAUACCAUUGAAAGGGGCGUCAGGCGUUUCACUAACAGCAGAAAUGACAUCGUGCUUACUGACAAGUCACCAAUAAUGGAGAAGACUUUUGACAUGAUCAACACAACCGACGGCUCUCAGCUUAAAUACCCCAUCGACUUUGCCUCAACUACCCCUGCGAAGGCCGUUUUGACUCGCAGCCGCCCAAGGGCAUAUCUUAUCCCCCCUUCGUGGCUAGAUGUUGUCCAACGUCUUGAAGUUUUCGGAGUCAAAGCUGAUAAGCUAUCCUACAGCUAUAUCGGACCAGUGGAGGCCUUGAAUGUUACGUCUGUUUCGUUUGACAAAGAAUACUACGAAGGCGUUGUUACUGCUACUGUGAAGACGAAGCUGGUCGAACGUGACAUCAGGCUUCCUGCAGGUACAUUCUUGGUGAAGGCAAACCAGAAAAACGCUGCUCUUGCAUUCCUUGCGUUGGAGCCUGAGUACAUGGACUCGUUUGCUUCAUUUGGUAUCAUCCCAGUCAGCACUGAUGAUCAAUAUCCUAUUUUCAGAUUGAGGUAA